ACUCUGCUCUUACUGGUGCAAUGUGCAAUCAAUGAAGACUGGUUACCAGGCUGGUCCAAUUUAGGUCCAUGAAACCUCCCACACUAAAAUGACAGGUGUUUCACUUUCAUUGUCCAACCCUUGUAGCUCUCUGCAUCAUUUAUUUGCUACUUGUAUUACACAAUAUGAAGGCAGAACACCCCCCACUCCUCAUUUUAUUUUCAUAGUCUUCUCAAGACUCUCGCUCUGCUAAGUCGGACACAGCUGAAUUUGAUUUCACUGGAAAAUAAAAGUUUAGACUCUGUGAGUUACAGUUAAAAACAAGCAAGAGGAAAAAAAUAUUUGAGUGCCUUUCUCAAAGAACCUAUAACAUGUAAAGAUAUUACAGUAUGAAACCCCAACAUGUGUAUAAUCUAUCCCAGAACCUUCAGGUUAAUACAACUGUCUACACACCAUGUACUCGUUUCGUUUUGCUUUACGUAACACACUAAUUUUAGGAUAUGCAGACUUGUUUACAGUUACCUUAUAAUUUGUGCAAAAAUCAAUAAUUAUUAAAUAAUGGAGGUGUCCUCUCUGCUGCUGCCUUAUUCCUCUUGGCAACGUUUUUUACACCAGUCAAAGAAGCAUCAGUUGACAGGAGACUUUAUGUAGGAAUUUUACUUUUAUUAAAUAUAUUCCUAUUAAUCCAGAUGUAGUAUCUCUUUGAAGAGAAUUUGGUUUUUUAAAUGAGGACUAAUACUUGCAAGGCAUGAUUGUGAAACUGGAAAAUGUAACUAGAUUUUAUCUGUUGUAGUUACACAUUAAUUAACAUGACAGCUUUCCUAAAAAGCCAACUUCAGGGACAUUUCACAUGGAGGUGUCGUUUUUAGAAAAGCUUAGCCUCAAUAUGAGAUAUGUUGUCUGCUGACAUUUGGCUUGAUUUCUUUCAAUAAAGAUCAGUAAAGAUCUGGUCCACUGUUCCAUUGACAGGACAAAAACCACAUUACUCCUCCUGAACAGAGCCUCCCCUCCAACACCUCAGAGUAAUUUCCCAGGAAGACUGAGAAGCAUGAUCCCUUGAUAGUUGGUUCCCUUUCUUAAAAACUGGGACGACCACUGUGGCACACUGAUACGAUUUGCAUUCUCCCGAAUCUUAAGAAUUAGCCUCCACCACGGAGGAACCUUGAUCUUCAAAGUGCGCCUUGCACCGCCUAACAAUAUCCGUCGUGAGGGUCCGGAGCUCUGCUCACCAAAGUCUACACAGCUUGGGCCAGUCCUUGUUUCUCCUUUUUCAGGAUUACAAUUUUUCAGAACUUCUUGGGGUCUUGAGGGAGGCUUUGAAAAGGGACGUCUGCUAACCUCAAUGAACAACCUGGCCCCAAAGGCUUCCUUAUGCAGCUUGACUGUUUCCAUCACUACUGGUGUCCACCAGUGAGUCCUCUGGUUACCACUGUGACAGAAAAACGGUAACCUUCAGGCCACAGCUCCAGAAAGCCACAUCUGCAGUGGAGGUCCUGCACAUGACCCAUUUUGACUCCAAGUCUCCAACCUCCCCCGGGACAUGAGAGAAAUAUUCCCCGAGAUGUGAGUUCAAGAUCGCUGAAAAGGUUUCUCUGCCCGACCUUCCCAGCUUUCACUUACCACCUGUUUGGGUUACCAGGUCUGGUCAGUUGCCUCCCCUGCCACCAGAACCAACUUACUAUGGGGCACUGAUCAGCUGAUAGCUCUGCCUCUCUCUUCACCCAAGUUCCCAAGACAUGACAUUGCAGGUCUGAUAUGAUUACAAAAUCAUCAUCGUGCUUUGGCCCAAGGUGGCCUGGUACCUUAUAAAUGACCUUGUGUCCGAACGUGAUGUUCGGUAUGGACAUCCCCAUGCCUCACACAGACGUUUAAUACCACAACACCUCUGGGAUUCAGAUCAGGGAGGCUAUUCUUCCUUAUCACACGCUGCAGGGCAACUCCAUUGUUGCCUACAUGGGAACUGAAGUCCCCUAGGAGAACCAAAGAAUCCCUAGAAUGGAUCACUUCCAAAACUACAUCCAGAUACUUCAAAAAUGUCGGGUUAUUAAAAAUGCUGUUGAGUGCAUAACAGAAAAAAGUCAGACUUCCCUCUGGUAACCUAAAAGGUGAAAAGAGGUGACCCUCUCGCUCACAGGGCCCAACUAAGAACUCUGCCUGGGAUUUUAUGGGGUUUUUAUGUAUCUUCACAGCCAAUCAACUGGUUCAGUUAAAUAAAAUCACCAUUAUCAUAUGAAAAAAAAGAGGGAAUAAUACAAUAAACUGUUGGAGGACAGUAAAAUACAUAUUCAGAAAUUCUAUAAGAAAUAACAUUAUUGGUAAAAGAUGCAUUACAAACAAUUUCAAAUUAUUCUUUUAAAUAGGUUUAAUACUAUUGGAGACAAUUACUUUGUAACUGUUGGCCAAAGAGGUUGUUGCUCCUAAAGACAUGAAACAUGUUCAAGAAUUGGAUAAAUGGCAAUAAAGCAUCACCACUGGACUGUUAUUACCAAUACCAGUUCAUUGUAUGUGGGAUCAAUUUAACGGAUGUCAUUUAAAUUAAGAAAACAUUUUAAAGCAAAAGAUCAACUGAGAUGAACUCAACAUUAAAGUUCUCCGUUUCUUUGUUUUAAACUGCUGCCUUCUAUCUGUAAUCUUUUCAAAAAGCGGAUUUUCCUUAUGCUAUAAAGUUAUCAGAAGUAAUCCCAGAAUUCAAAAACGCAGACAAACACUGCAUAGAUAUCGAGAUGUAGAUGUUCAAAGCUGGUAGAGAAAAACCCCAAAGACCUGCAGAUAAAAGGUGGUUCUACAGAGUACUGACUCAGGAUAAAAAUGUACGACAAACAGUUCAGAUUUGUUAUAUAAAAAAAACAUGAAUAACUCUCCUUCCACUUAAUGGUGCACUAAUUUAUGCUGUCACAUCCGAUCUAGGGUGUGAAUACUUUUGCACAGCAGUGUAACCUCUGAGUCUGGUCCUGUUCAACCAUCAGAAACGCUGACAUAGAUCCAGAGUAGAUAGAUAGGUUCGCUCACUCAGACAAAAGAAGAGUCUGUUUUCUAGUAGGUUCAGAUUAAUGUAUAGAGGCAGAAAAUCCUGGAAAAACACUUUUAAUCCUCGUUAUAAACUGGAUUUCAUCCUGGUUUCAAGUUUCAAACAAUAUGGCCUCUAACAUCUACUGGUGAGUCACCAGUUAGUCCAGUCCUGAAACAUCUACAACGGGGACCAAACUCUCCUUCAAUAGGAACUAAAACCUGUUCCCUGCUCCACGUCUUCUGUUAUCAAUUGACCUGGAUCGGCACCCAUGUCUUGUCCCGGUGGGACAUGUCCAGGAUCAUCCUGAUCAGACAGGUGGGAACCUCCCUCUGAUCCUGGCCGCUUCAUAGUCGGUUGUGGAGCGUUUGGAGAAAGUAAAAACUAACAGGAAUGUGGACAUUUGGAUCAGGAAUUUUUCAAAUGUGUAGGAAUCUGUGCAGAAGGAUUAAUCAUCACUGGAAGCUGCAGCUCAGUUUAGGGAUGAGUUAGUCACCAUAAACCAAGGACCUGUUCUGGAGCGGGUAGACCAGAUUUUGCAGCUCUUUUCCUGGAUCUUCUGCAGACCUUCCUGAUAAAAGGUCAGCAGACUCUCUCUCUCUCACACUCACACUCGUGUCAGGUUCAGGUCAGAGCGUGCAUCUUCUUCGCUGAAUCAGAACAUCCAGGAUGAGGAUGAAAAAAAAACAGGAGGUUCUCACUAUCCUGUUCUCAUACUCUGUGGCAAUGUGAAGAAAAACCACAACCACCAUCCUAAAUCGCUCCGACUGGGAGAAUGUCAAAGAUUUUCCUGAAGAAACAAACAUUUCCUGAAGGUCUCCACCCUUCUCCUGUCCUGUUUACAGUGUCUGGUUGUCAUGGCCACGGUUACCGAGGAGAUCACAGGCAACCGGAGAAAGGUAACCUGAGCGUAGAUCUGGAUGCUGCCAUAUUUAAUUCAUAGAGUGAGUGAGACAAGCGAGUGUUUCGCGGCAGCCCCGUGUCGACGUGUUCAGACCCAAACCUGUUAGAGGCUUGACCGAAGCCCCCUCAGCUGUCCAAGCCUCCGUCCAUCUAUAGAGCUAUUCUGACCCACAGACCGGUUCUGCCUUAAUUUCUUAAUAAACCUUUCUGGGAACCCAUCUGGGCAGAGCAUGGGGGGAAGGGCGACUCAGCAUCUGAAGUGGCGUUCAAACACCGCUCUUUGUUCACAAGGAGACACUUCAGCUUGCAGCCAGUUCGGUUCAUGAGCUAGGAAAACUGGGAAUAUUUUCAACCGUCAAGCUCCAGGUUUGAAUCUUCAGCCUGAAGCUGGACGUUUGAAGGACAGACCCUGAAAGGGUGUGGAGCAGCAGUUUCCUUUUACAGGAUCCUCUCAGAGAAACAUCAGACGACUGGGAUCAGGUUCUCUCCGACCUCAGUAAGACUACACCAAACCAGGAGACUGACACUGGGAUAAUCAGCAGGUCCAGAGUAGACUGCACACAGUUCUGAUCAGCAGCAGGAUGGUUGGGUGGGUUUAUGGUCCACAGCCCACAGCAGGUCUCUGCUCAGCUCAUCAAUAACCCACGUUGUCCAGAUCAGGAAGGAACAGGAACUCCUGAGGACAAUCUGCAGACCUGAAGCUCUGAGCUGAUGUUGGGAAACAAGAAGAACAUGGCUGCCUACACGGUCACCUCUGGACUAUAAGAGGAACUAACGGAACUAGAGACCAGUUCACCCAGAGAUCCCAUCAGAUACCACAACAGAGAAACUUCCAGAGAUACCGUUGUCAUGGUGAACACAGGAAUGCAGCUGAUCAGCUUCACCUGCGCUGUGACGGGCUGGAUCAUGGCCAUCGCCGUCACGGCGCUGCCGCAGUGGAAGGUGUCAGCUUUCAUUGGCAGCAACAUUCUUACCUCGGAGAUAAAGUGGGAGGGCAUCUGGAUGAACUGCAUCUAUCAGACCACGGGUCACAUGCAGUGCAAGACCUACGACUCCAUGCUGGCGCUGCCACCGGACAUCCAGGCAGCCCGCGCCCUCAUGUGCCUUGCCAUCUUCAUGGGCUGGCUCUCCUGCACCGUGUCUUGCUGCGGGAUGAAGUGCACUACCUGCGCUGGCGACGACCGCCGUGCCAAGGCGGGCAUUGCGCUUGCAGGUGGCAUCCUCUUCAUCUUGACAGGCCUGUGCAUCCUGAUCCCGGUCUCCUGGACCGCCAACACCGUCGUCCAGGACUUCUACAACCCCAACGUGCCCAUCAUGCACAAGCGGGAGCUGGGCCAGGCCAUCUACCUGGGCUGGGCUGCCGCCGUCAUCCUGAUGAUCAGCGGUGCGGUCCUGAGCAGCACCUGCCCGCUCAUGGAGCAUGGCGGCCGCUAUCGCCGGGGAUACAUCGGCCGAAGCUUCGCCAACUCACCCGCACAGGAGCCACCAAAACCCAUCACGUCCAACACCCUGCCACUGAAGGAGUACGUGUAG